AUGCAAAAUCAAAAACUCCUUUCACUCAUUCCAAACAAACAAUCAUUCCCUCGCCCAUUCUAUUGGGACGAAGCUUUUAUGGAAAUGAUGCAAGUGCGGUGGAAUGCUGAUGUUUUUGAGGAAGUGACAAGAUAUUGGCAUUUUGAAGCCAUUUUAGACAGAAUUUCCGGUUGGAUUGAUCGAGAACAAUUUAUUGGAGAGGAAGCUCGCUAUCAGCAACCUGAAUGGGCCUGGUACGGCUUAAACAAUCAAAUGAAUCCUCCCGUGUAUUUUAUCAAUUUUUCUUUGGAUAGUGGUCUCGAUGAUUAUCCUCGUUUUCCACAAGUAGAGCCUGGAGAAAUUGAUGUGGACAUCCAGACUUGGCUUGCGAAGGCAGCUCUUGUGAUGAGUAAUUUAUUAAAGUUACUUUCGAAACCUCAACACUUGAUUGAUUAUUUUGCUUCUCUGUCGGCAGUCAUUGCAAAAAAUUUGCAUGAUUUAUUUUGGAGUGAAUCAUUGGGUUUUUAUGCGGAUCGGUCGAGCAAGUUUGGUAUGGGCCAUCACAUUGGAUACAUUGGAAUGCUUCCUAUUUGUUUGAAUUUGGAAACCAAUUUAACACGAGUCGAACAAACGAUUGCUAAAAUGGGAGACUCGAAUCUUUUAUUUUCAGAAGGUCAUGGAUUGCUAUCACUCAGUUUUAAGGAUGAAAAUUUUGAAUGGUCUGGACAGGAUUGUAUUAUUAUGAGAAACAAUAUGGACUGUCAUCAUCAUGUGGAGGAUAAUUCAAUUGGAGCUGUCUAUGAGACGUAUCAUCCCACCGAUGGAAGAGGUUUCAGUAAUUAUCCAUUCACUGGAUGGAGUGCAUUAGUUGUUCUCCUCAUGGCAGAAGAUUAUCAAUAA